GGGUAGUUUUUGAUGAGUUCAGCCCCGAUAAAACAUCUUUUAAACUCCUGCUGGGGGGAGUUGAAGAAUCCAUCUAAAGCUUCAAUGCAGAAUUUUAAUGGAUUUAAAAUCAAAUAAUCUAUACCGAUCUGAUGACAAGGGUAGCGUCUGAAGCCAUUGUUCGGAGCUGAAAGCUGAGUUCAAUAAUAUGGAAUUAUUUAAUCAAUGCUUGAUCGACCACAACGGAUAAUUCAAUUAUUUAGAUACCGAACUAUUUAAUACAUUAAGUUAGGUUUGUUUUGAAUUUAGAAUGGGUAAAAAAAAUGUAUAACGUUUAAACGUAGUCAUGCAGUCCUCCACACUAUCCACUGGAGUCUUGAUAUCGUAAUCGCGGUGGAUUAGUGCGAUAGGAAGCGGGCCGGUCUUCGGCAUGUCCCCAUCGAAAAGGAAUUCGAUUAUUCCUUGACAAAUGGCCACCGCAGGGGGAAUAAAAAAACCGAAAUCGGCAACGAUAAAACAAUGUUCGAUCUGUGAAGCUAGAGCUGAAGUUAAAUGGAAAUGUACUAACUGUGAUAAAAUCAUCUGUCAGAACUGCAAGAACCUGCACAAGAAGGUGCGUGCCACUAGUCAUCACAAAAUUGUCUCCAUUGUUAAGAAAGUCCGAAAGGAGAGCAAGGGGGAGGACAAUGCGAACGGAGUAGGGGGAAAUGAAAACCAUGAUCAGAACUUUCUGGAUUCGAAUGAUGGAGGGUCAUCGUCGGGUAAAGCUGAUUCAUCACCCAAGAGGCCAUUGGUAAUGUGCUUGAAGCACAAUGACUCUGCUUUGAAGUGGUUCUGCAGUUCCUGUGAACUCUCUAUCUGCAGUGAAUGUGCGAAAAAUGAGCAUAAGUCGCAUGUCAUGGCGGAUCUUUCUGUUUACCAAGAUCGAAAACAGAAAAAAUGGCAGCGUUUCGUAGAUAUCUUAGAGGAUCACGAACUACCAGAAACGCUGGGACGAAUGAAAAGAAUCAAGAAAGCAAAAGUGGAUUUUGAUUCGAACAUCAUUGCAGUGAAAAGGGAAGUGUGGAUGCGAUACGACGAAUUCAUGUUGAAACUUGGAAACGAGCGCCAAAAAAUUCUCUCGGAAUUGGAUGAAAUUCAGCAUCGAGAGGAAAAGGUUUUCUCCGAGGCUGUUCAAAAGAUGGAGCGAGAGAUAGCUGUGCUUGAAUCGUCACUAAAUUCCAUUAAAGGAAUGAUCGAAUCAUUAAACACACACACAUUAUCGGGAAAUUUCGAGGACGUCCGCAAAGAGGUCGAAAAAUUAAAGAAAACCCAGUGCCCUAACCCUGAAAAAGUAGCGUUCAACGCACAUGACGUGACGGAGAAGAUUGUGUCCCAUUUAUACGGCAAACUAGAACGUCGAUUGGAAGAUGCGCCAUCUCUUCCACCCAGCCGCACUGAUCUAUCGGGAUUGUCGACUCCAGGUGUCGAUGUUUCGCUGUUAUCGUCUUUUGCUACUGACUUGCCUUUCAUUCGAACCAUCUGUCCAGUGAGUAGCGACGAAGCGUGGAUUGGCUGCUGGCAGCAAGAACAUAUGUUUUUAACCUCUUCCAGUGGUAAUGUGAAUCGAACAGUCGGUGGUAAAGUCAUGGACACGUGCAUUAUGGGUAACGGUGAUCUGCUAAUCGUGUGUUACUUGAGCUACAAUCUAAAAUGCAUUGGGAAAAACGGGAAGUUAAAAGAGCUGAAAUCAGAUCUGCCGCUGUAUCCAACUGGUAUUGUCGCAUUGAAAAACGGGGACAUCAUUUUGAGUUUGGUUGAUAGGUAUGAUCUUAAGAUGGACGAAAACAGCAUCCGUCGAUUGAUGAAACUCGACAAAGAUGGAAACACUCUCCUGAUCGUCGAAAAUGACGUAAACGGGAAAGCAAUCUUUACAUACCCAGCGAAAGUAACGGUGAAUAUAAAUGGUGAUAUAUGCGCUAUAGACGAAACUGGCGAAUAUUCUGGUAGGCUCGUGGUGUUUGACUCUGCAGGCGAUCUGAAAUUUGAAUAUGGGGAACAGGACAGUACAUUUGAAGAAACGUGUGAUCUCAGCUGCUGCGCAUGCGACGGAGAGGCUAGAAUCGUGGCUUCUGAUUGGCUCCAUCACAAGAUCCAUAUUCUGACAGCGGACGGUUGUUUCAUUGGCUACCUUCUGACGGAAGAUGAUGGGAUACAUUUCCCGUUCUGUUUGUCGUUUGGUACUGAUGGGGUAUUGUGGAUAGGGUGCAAGCUGACGAGGGAGGGUGCGAAGGGAGACAUCGUCAGGGUUAACUACAAAUGUUAAACUUCGUGAAAUGUCCUCCUUCGCAAUAUGUUGUGUAAUCGAUGUAAAACCGACUCUCUGCUGUGGAGAAAGACAAACUCCCGGUGACCACUUGAUGACAUUGGAUUUGGAUUUAAUUGUGCUCUUCAGGGGUUUUAGAAAUACACAGUGCAUGCUUAUUUUCAAA